AUGGAUGUCGACAUUACUCUCCUGUCUGCACUUCAAUCGACAACCGAGAACGCCAACACGUUUGUGUAUGGCGUGAGCUACGGCACGUACCUUGUCGAGCGCUUGAUGCAACUCGAGAACCCGAGUAUCAAGGGCUACAUCCUCGACGGGAUCGUGGCCAACUCGGGCAGCAAGGACAACAAGCUCACGGUCUUUAACGACUGGGACAAGGAAGUCGACGAAGCUGCGCAAACGUUUAUUGAUCUGUGCAAGACCGACACGUAUUGCAGCAGCAAGUUCCAGACGCUGGACCUUCGCACGACCAUGGUGACAAUGUACUCGACGAUGGACCGCAACCCAAAGAGCUCCCAGUGCGCGAUGGCACUCUCGUCGUCGUCGAGCACACCGUCGGCAGUGCUUCGGUCGCUCUUUUCGGACCUCCUGCAAAGCCAGAGUCUCCGUGCCCUCAUCCCGGCACUCGUGUACCGCUUCAACCGCUGCAAUCAAGCCGAUAUUCUCGCAAUCGCCAACUUUGCCACUCAAGUUCAAAACAUGGGCAACACGCAGGACGAGUCGGAUGCGCUCGAGUCCACCAUGCUUCACAACCUCAUUGUGGUGUCUGAACUCUGGCGGACGCCCACGGAAUCCUACGACACCCUCCAGAAGACGUUUAUGAACACACUCAUCGGCAGCAACAUUGCAAGCUUGGUGACGACCUACUGCAUUGCCAGCGGCGGCAAGGACCCCAACUGCGCUCAAGAGCGCUCGCCGGGCAACGACUACAAGUGGCAGUACCCGCGCGACUCGCACUACGACGUGCCGAUCACCCUCUCCAAAGGCACCAGCGUUCUGCUGUUGAGCGGUCUCUUAGACCCGCAGACCGCGGCGAGAGGCGCUCGCAACCAGUACGACAGCUUCAUCGGGACGGCCAAGCGCCUCGUCGAGUUCAAUUACUCUGCCCACGGCACGAUCAUCAACACGCCUGUGACAACCCUGGGCGGAGCUCCGUGCGCGGCCCAGCUCGUUGGCUCGUUCGUUUCGGUCAACGGCGAUGUGACGGCACUUGACACAAGUUGCCUCGCGACCGUUGCCCCCAUGAGCUUCCAGAUCAAGUCGUCAUUGGCCCAAACACUCAUGGCGACGUCCGACAUCUACGACGGCACGCCCACCAAGCAGUACAAGGCCUCGUCGACGGCGCCGCCGGCCGAUAAGGUCAGCGACGGGUCGGCGGCGACAUCGACCGACGAUGCAAGCGCGGGUGUGUCGGCGGGCUACCGCACCGCCACGAUCAUUGGUUUUGUUCUGGCGGCGUUGCUGGCCAUUGGCCUGGUGAUUGUUGUGCGUCGGCAGCGCAAGCAAGCCGCGGCAACGACCAGCAUUUACGUCGAGCCCAUCGAGCAUUCGUCGGCGCCUUAA